CGCGGCGCAGCGCUGAGGCAGAGCCCUGGCGUCAAGGGAGUGAGCGGACGCUGCUGUCGCCGCCGGGCUGGUCCUGGUUCGUGCCGCCGCCGGAGCGGGGCGGCAGAGCAAACAUGAAUGUCGGAGUUGCCCAUAGCGAGGUGAAUCCAAAUACCCGUGUAAUGAACAGCCGGGGUAUGUGGCUGACGUAUGCACUGGGAGUUGGCUUGCUUCAUAUUGUUUUACUCAGCAUUCCCUUCUUCAGUGUUCCUGUUGCUUGGACCUUAACAAAUAUUAUACAUAAUCUGGGGAUGUAUGUAUUUUUGCAUGCAGUGAAAGGAACACCUUUUGAAACUCCUGACCAGGGUAAAGCAAGGCUCCUAACUCAUUGGGAACAACUGGACUAUGGAGUACAGUUUACAUCUUCACGGAAAUUUUUCACAAUUUCUCCAAUAAUUCUAUAUUUUCUGGCAAGUUUCUAUACGAAGUAUGAUCCAACUCACUUCAUCCUAAACACAACUUCUCUCUUGAGUGUGCUAAUUCCCAAAAUGCCACAACUACAUGGUGUUCGGAUCUUUGGGAUUAAUAAGUAUUGAGGUGUUUUGAAACUGAAUAAAAGUUUUUGCAGCUACUGAAUCUCCUGUAUGGAAGGAGUGGUUAGUAAACUGCACUGUUUCUGUAAUAAUAUGAAAUGAGAGGUAUUUACAUUGGAAAGCCAGUUGCUGGCUCUUCAUAUGCUGUUUUGAAGUGCAGAUUUCUACUAAAAGAUGCCUCUGUUUAAUGCAUCAGGUAUAUAUCUGGAGAGAGGCUUUAUAGGCAGGCUGGGCAGGCCCAGCCUAUAAGUUAAAUGGCAAUACAGUGAGGGUGUAGUAGAUAAAUCCAAGGAAAUAAGAGAUUUGUAAAGGAAAACUAGGACCAACAUAAGUUGUAUUGAAUGGGCAUUAUGUUAGGAAAAGAAAAUUUCCAAUCAUUCAGUCAUGGUUAGUUUAAGCAGACUUACAUGUAAACCAGAAUCAUUUCUUUACACAUUUAUUAUAGAUUGUUUUUAUUACCAUACACAUUCCCCUUGUUUUGUUUAAGAGGAUAUAUACCAUCUUGUUACACACAAGCCAGUUCCUACCUUAAGAGUAUACUUUUUUGUUUUUUCUGGCUCAGUAUUACGUGUUUGCAGAUGAGGUGGUUUUUAUAUUUAUUACGUUACUGAGUUCAUGAAGGUCCACCUUCAUGACUGGUGAUAGAAGGGAGCCAGAAAAGGAAAAUUAAUAUGGACAACUUGACAGCCAUCCUGUGGUCUGACAGAAACUGCCUUCUAGUAAUAGUACCAAUGUGAGUCAUGGAGUCUUUUCUAGCAAGUCUGCAGUAAAGGUAACAUAUUCUUUGAUUUUCCUGCUAUCAAUCCUCAUGUUUUGUUCAUUAAUAUUUUGCUUUUAAGUACAUGGGUCUCUAUGGAUAACUCAAAAUGGUACCUAUUUUGAGAGCAGCAACCAUAUUGAAUUCUUGUGACUUGGGGAAGAUUCUUAUAGUUCCUGAUGUUAGUUGCAAGAAAUAACUAUGUAGUCCUUUGAGAAGUAAAUAUAUUAAAAAGAGAAAACAAAGUUCUUAUAUGGGAUGAAACUGAAAAACUCCUAAUAUUCAUAAACAAAAUUGAGUGAAAAGAGUUAUAGACCAACCUGUAAAUCAAUUUGUCAAUAAACUGACUUUUGGAGGUAAUGAUCAUUGUUUUGUAUUUAAAAAGUAUUGAGUUUAGUAAUCAGUUGUAUGAUACUUCCUUUGUAUGUUUGUCUUUUCCCAUGUAUUUUGAAAUAAUCGGUAAUCUGUACUUUAAUAAAAGUUUUCCUUGGUGUAAGAUUA